GUCAUCCAUUCAUCUCUCAGUGGUUCCAACCCCCUAAGUGUUUCACUUGACUUCAGAGUCUUUUCCAUGGCCAGUUUCAUUCUUAGUCCUCGGUCACCUUGAUAUUGCAGACCCUCAUAGAAAUCGAGCAGCUUCAUGGCGGGAUUCUUUCGCGCCAACGUCGCAGCGUCAACCCCACCAACAUUUUCCGCUUCUGCACUCUUCGCCUUCAACGUCGAAAGCCAGUCGGCGUACGGAACAACCUUGAUCGGCUCCGGAGAUGGAGCCGGAUCUUCGAGCGUCUUCUGUAUGGGAAGGAGAAGGGACGACCAAGGCACAGGCUCCACAUCGACCGCCAUCCCCAUCGCGACUAGUUAUCCCAAGCGCUGCGAUCAAACAACCCCCGAGGAAGAGACCGUCAUCCUGUAUUUCCACAGCGAGGCGUUGAUCUACUCCUUCUCGUCGAUCGCAGAGUCGCCGUAUAUCUUCCAACUACUUGAGGAGAUCGAAGAGCCGGAAAAGCGAUGUAUGCUCUUCGAAUGGAUGGACACGACGCUCUGGGACGCGCGGACGGAGCCGUUCGAUGCGAAACUAAAGAUAUUCAAGUCAGUGGCGCGGUUGUGCUUGAAGGAACUUCACCCAAAAAAGGUUGUCCUCAGUGGCUUCUCAAGCCCUUCGCCAACCGUCAAGAUUUCUGACCUGGGCUGGAUCAUGUCGAUGAAUUCUCCCGAUGGGUCCCGAAAGUCCUAUUACCAAUGGAUCCAAGGGCCGUCUCUUCGCGCACCCGACGUGUGGCGAGGAGCGGAGGACUACUCCACCGUCAUGGACGUGUGGUCCAUCGGCGUUCGUCUUGCGGAUUGGAUGGGCGACAAAGCUCACUUUGGGCCCCGUGGAUGCAUAAUCGAGACUGACGAGCCGAUCGAAACUACCCAAGCUGUGUGGGCCAUUGUGAAGCUUCAUAAGACCCUAAACCAGCCCCUUUCUGAGUCGCUGAAGGACAAAGAAUAUGUUCUUAAAGCGAGUCUUCGGGAGCAGAUGGAACAGCUGCAGAUGCCGUCCGGGAAUAUCGGCUUCCUAGAGACAUUGCUCACAGUGAAUCCGGAUAGACGACCGUCGCCGGCCGAAGCACUGGAUUUGCCGUUCGUCAAGGAAUAG